GAGCACGAGGGCGCGGGGGCCGUGGCGGCCUCCGUGGGCGAGGUCGUGGGGCCAGUGGCCUUCAGCAGCCUCUGCGCGACGCGGGGCUGGCUGGAGACGGACAUGGCCAGGGCGUUCCUGCGCGCGUACCGCCAGGGGCGGCGCGAGACCGCGCUGUUGCCAGCCUCCCGCAUCGCGGAGGUGGUGCACGCGGUGACGGCUUUCCCCGCCGCCGACCCGGCAGUGCUGGUCGCGACCGUGAGAGCUUACCAGGCGAUGGGGACGUGGGACGGUGACGAGUCGAUCCCGCAGGGGACGUAUGACACCUUAUUGGAGGUAUUCGCCCACUGCGGGCUCGUCACCAAGAGCCACCCCUACGACGCAGCCAUUGUGAAGGUGGCCGAGUGA